AGGUCGAGGCAGACGGUCGCUUGCCCUAGUCGCGGAGCGGUCGCCACGCUCUCUACAUCCCUCGCUCGCUCGCUCGGUUCAUUCCGCCCUCGCGUGCACCCGCGCCGCUCGUGCUUAUCGCUCGUGCCGCCGCUCGCGUUCGCUGCUCCGCUGAUCGCUCGCGCUCUCCGUUAGCACCCAACGCGCGCUCCAGUAGCAGCGCGUUUCCCCACAUUUUUUGAAUACAGCCUACUGGGUUCAUGGCUUCGGCUACCCGCAAUGAGCGACUUUGUGGGACGCUUCCAGCAGGUGGACUGGGGUGUCCUCAAACGUGACACACACAUCCUCUUCACUAAACUCAUACGAACUAAAGACCCUCGCGAUCUGGAAACGAAUCAAAAUGGACCUGGCAAACAACGACUUUCGAGAUGUCUCAGUACUUUGGAUCUUACGUCCCUAGGCGUUGGUUCCUGUGUCGGCACAGGUAUGUACCUGGUUGCCGGCAUGGUGGCCAAGAAGUUCGCGGGUCCUGGCGUUGUAAUCAGUUUCAUCAUUGCGGCUUUGGCAUCGAUCUUUAGCGGUGCAUGCUACGCGGAAUUUGGUGUGCGAGUCCCCAACACCACCGGUUCCGCGUACAUGUAUAGCUACGUGACCGUUGGUGAAUUCGUAGCUUUCGUUAUCGGCUGGAACAUGGUCCUUGAAUACCUGAUCGGAACUAGUGCAUGCGCAAGGGCUCUGAGUGCUUGCAUCGACUCUCUCUUCGACGGCGCAAUCUCGGUGAAAAUGACAGAAAACAUCGGAACUAUAUUUGGCAAACCCCCUGACGUCUUGGCUUUCGGAAUAACGCUUAUGAUGAUGUUGAUCUUGAUCGCUGGAGUUCGGAAGUCCCUUUUCUUCAACAACCUGCUGAACGCCAUCAAUCUCAGCAUUUGGGUCUUCAUCAUGACAGCUGGCUUGUUCUACGUGGAUGUGUCGAACUGGACUGAACACAAUGGAUUCUUACCCUACGGAUGGAGCGGAGUAUUCACUGGAGCUGCAACGUGUUUCUAUGCCUUUAUUGGCUUCGACAUAAUUGCGACCACCGGCGAAGAGGCGAACAACCCCAAGCGAUCCAUCCCUCUGGCCAUCGUCUACAGCCUCGGCAUCAUCCUACUGGCAUACGUCUCUACUUCCAUGAUCCUAACUCUUAUUGUUCCGUACGACCAAGUGGAUACUGACUCGGCAUUGGUACAAAUGUUUGCCCAAGUGAAUGCGCCAACGUGCAAGUACAUCGUGGCUAUUGGUGCAUUGGCUGGUCUCACCGUGUCCAUGUUCGGAUCCAUGUUCCCGAUGCCCCGAAUCGUCUAUGCCAUGGCUAGCGAUGGCUUGAUCUUCCGACGACUGGCUGAGGUCUCCUUCAAAACUGGAAGCCCCUCUUUCGCGACUAUAUGCGGUGGUAUUGGUGCGGCAUUCGUGUCCCUGAUCGUGCAACUUGAAGUACUGGUGGAAAUGAUGAGCAUCGGUACUCUGCUGGCUUACACCCUGGUGUCUACCUGCGUACUGGUGCUCCGUUACCAACCCCGAACGACGAACCUGAUCGAACUGCUGCCCUCACACAUCCGGACUCCUGUCGACCCUGAAGGAACUGCUAGCGGUACCCGCGAAACGACCUUCACCGCCACGGCUCACAUCAUGCCAAGCCAGCGCGUCAUGGUCCGUCGAGUCACCAGAAGUUCACCUGACUCCGAUGACACCUUGCCUGGCGAUGAGAGUGAAGAAUACCGUGAUGACGCCUUCUUGGUCAGCUCCAACCCCGAAAACAACUACUACGUUGGCGCCGGAUCUUCUGGAAACUCCAGCUUCUGCAGCCGGUUCUUUACCGCAUUAGGCCGUCAGUUGCACUCGAUGAGCUACCUGUGCCCUGGACUCUUCCCCUGGGUAGACUGUGGACCCGCUACCGAUCUGAGUGGAUUAUUCGUCAUCAAGGCAGUUGGAGUCCUGUACCUGCUGAUAAUAGUCUUCGACAUGUUUGCUGCUUUCGGAAACCCUGGAACCUCUACAUUCACCAACGUAACCAUGUUGCUGCUCCUCCUGGGAAUCUUUGCUAUUCUGCUGAUGAUCUCCCGUCGACCACAGAACCGCGUUGCCCUGAUCUACACCACUCCCGGACUGCCCUUCGUGCCAACGAUUGCGAUCAUCGUGAACAUAUACUUGAUUCUGAACCUCUCUUACUUGACACUCGUACGAUUCACGUUCUGGAUGGUUAUUGGACUGGUGGUCUAUUUCAAAUACGGCAUCAUCAACUCAUCGAUGGAGAAAAAGGAUUCAGAUGAAACUGUCGAAGUCCCACCGGUCCCUAACCCUCUGGACCGCACCACGAUCCCUCCCCCCUCCCCCCACCAAUCACGACCCACCGGCGACCGAAAUAUCUUCGAAGGAGAUGGCAAUGAAGGACUCUAUGGAAACAUGGAGUAUAAUAACUCUUUACUAACCUGGCAUGAGUCAAAUCUGCCACCUGUGGCAUCUUCUAGCGGCUUUUCAACUCCAUCAUCCGGGAAUCGAAUGCAACCUAUGUAUAAUCCAACCCAACCAACCUACCGUCAAGCGGAGACACGUUACGAUGUGGACACAAACACGACCACCACGGCCCUUGGCCGACCACCAUGGGCUUACCCGGGCGCUGACGUCGCCAUCUAUGGAAACUGGGAGGACUAAACACCACCAUCAACGACUGUCGCUAUUCGUACGAUACCAGACUGAGCUCACGAUUAGGCUUUUCCCAUAUUUUAUCUCCCUAUUACGUAUAUUAUAUGUUUUAUUCGAAAUUUACAUAUAUAAUGGAAGUGUCUGUAUACUUGCUUUUAUUUAGGGUUUGAAAAAUCUUAAGGAAUGUGAAGGGGCCUUAGUACGAGUUUGCUAUACGUUUAAUGAGAUCGAGACGAGAGCGCUGGUUGGUUGGUUCAAUGAAGCCGGCCUAUCAGACCGCUGAAAGCGCGUAAAGGAAACUUGUACUAAGGCCCCUAAUCAAAUUGCGUGAUCAUCUUUAGAACUGAACAACACUCCUUUACAUUGUGAUACUUCAAUACUUUACUAAGGCAUCCUACACAAACAUCUGUAUGUAACUCAAAAUCAGCCUUAUCACAAUGCAAGCUAAGAUUUAAAAUCGUUUAAUUUACUUCCCAUUUUAUGUACAUAUAUAUAAACUUCUUGAGCAUAUACUGUAGCCAUAUUUAUAGUAGUGUUAUACCUAGCUUAUAUAUUUCUAGUAAACUCUUAUAAUAUACAUGUAUCAGUAUUAUAUGUAGUUUAUAUACUGUUUUAAUGAUUUUAACUAAGACCCUCGCUCUUUGCAAAUAUCUGGCGAUAACACAAGAUACUUAUAAAAAUCAUAUCUGUAACAAUGUUUUCUAUAAUAUAUGACUACAUAACACUAAAAUACCACUAUACGAGUACGAGGGUCUAUAUAUACAUAAUAUAUAUUUGCUAAUAAAUGUUUUAAUAUAUAAUAAUAAUAUCUAAACAUAUCACGAAUGAAUUUCUACUAUAUUUAUUUAUUGUUACCCAACAUUUUUCAGCUGUUAACAUUUUUAGUAGUUGUACCUACCUACAGAUAGUGGUACCUAUUUUGUAAACUAUAUUGUUUUUUUAUUUAAAUAACUAACGGUACCUAACUUCAUUAUUUUUGUAUCAAUUUUCUCCUGUUAAUAUUUUAAUGCAGCUCAAAUGUUGAAUAUUUGUAUCGUAUAUAUUUAAUUACUGUUUAUUUUUUAUAUAGGUAUAUCAGGCACAGGAUAAAGAAACAGCUGUUGACUUUAAAGCAACAAUAACCAACAAUUUAAAGUCCUCUUAAUUCAAUAUACUAAAAGCUGAAGGAUUAACUAGGACAUUAAUGUGGAAUUCGUUCAAGAAACAAUAAAACAUCAGUUUCCUCAACAAUAAAAUGGAAUUUAUAGUCAUCCCUGGUCCUCGUACCAUCGAGCGAGAAGUGUUUGCGACUCACGCCAGACAUGGUGGAUUCCACGGUCAUUCAUUCCGAUCGAACGUUUCAAAAUUGCCUGUUUUAAAUAUAUAUUUUUUGUUAUAUAUUUUUUAGUUUUUUCUAUAAAAAUAUUAUUAAAAAUGUGAUAUUUUAAGUAAUGUUUCAACUAUAAACUUAAUAUCUACGUAUAUUAUUAGAACUCUUCAGUAAUAUAUAUGUAUGUAUCGUUUUAUUUUGUUAUAUCAUUUAGGCUAUAACCUAUUUUUAGAAAAUAUUGCAUUGUAAUAUACUUACAUUUUCAAAUGUUUGCACUCUCCAACGGCCAGACAAGAUACCUGCGUAGCUGUUCGUGGUCUCACACUACCACUUUUGGAAAGUGUAAAUGUUGCCUACUGUAGAUAAAUUAUUUAUAAGUAGGUCUCAAGUAUUUCAGUACUUUAUGAAUUACUCGCUUCUUACAUAUUUUUAAAAUAAUUCUGCAUUUAAAACGAACCAAAUACUGGUUAAAUAUAAUUUAAACAAAACAACUAAACAAACGCUGUAACUUUUUAUAUUGAUUGCGCAAAAUUAAACUAUGAUUUUUAUACUAGGCGUUUUGUCAGAGGGCAAAAUUCCUUUUUGGAUGGCAAAAUUAUGAUAACAAUUGGUAAGGCCUUAAUGAUAAAUUUGUUGAUGUUGAAUAAAUAACUAGUAAUUGUUGGCUUGUUCAAGGCGACGUAUACGGCGCCUUGGAAUAAAUUGGUUUGUAAUUAUUGUUAAAGGGUCUGCUAACAGCUAAUUGAUGAGUUAUGACAAUGAAUUAGGGUUAUGUUCAUAUUCUUCUCACAGAAGAAUGGGAAGAACUGAUUAUUGGACUUGACAAUAUGAAUGAUCUCAACCGGCACCUGGUCUAUUUACAUUAUGUUCGACGUAAGCCCGAGACUCCAGCCAGUCCUGGGCACGCCCCAUGAGUCUAAGCUUACUUAGAAUGAGCAUGAGACAGCAUACUUCAACAACAGUGUCUGCGUGUCACCGCGCCACGCACAAAUAACUCAUAACAUCUGAAUAUUUAAGACGAUAAUGCUUCGAAGCGCUAUCUGCGAAGCGUUUAUAAAUCUGUCUCACGCCCAUUCUAGCCGGGACUACAACACCUACGUCCCGUUACUAAAAUAGAGAUGAUACUGAAUGAUACUCUCUUCUAAUAUAAUAGUAUUAAGGUAUGUUCUGUGUAAACACGCACGGUGUUACAGUAUCUGUUAGUAUUAAUGUGCUCCUUCUAUUUGACACAUUAUAAUUAACUUUCAAAGUCCGUGGCUCUGUGAUGGCUGGAACUUCAAGUUGAUUUAGGCCUACGUAAGGAAAGAAGUAAACUACACUUUGUUACAAGCCUGUUACAUGAAGCUAAUUCUGCAUACAUACCAUCAGAACAGUAAAAUAUUUUAAAUUUGUUAGGCUAUCCUUACCAUCAACAGAAGAGUUCCGGCCAAUCCAAAGCCAACGGCCACAUCUAAAUUGAUUUCGGGUUAUUCCAAAACAUGAUUACUGUGUCAAUAAAUAUUUUGGAUUCGCUAACAAAAUUACAACGCUCAAAAUUACUUUUAUAUUAUGUUAUUUUCAUAGAUAGUUCUUGCAAUUUUUAAUUAUAAAUUGUUGAUAUGAAGGAUGUAGCUCUAAGUCUUAAUUAAACGAUGUUAUUAAGGAUAUAUAUCUUUAGAUAAGUACUAAAAUUGUAAGCGUAGGACAGACUGUGUGGAAACGCUGUUGGACAUUCCGGCUUGGAAGGCCCAUUACUAAGAGACCAGUCACGCAGCUCAUGGGUCUGAUACUCAAGUGAUCUAGGUUUGAGCUUACAAUACCACCAGUUAGCUUUAUUACAACGUGUUGAAUUGACUUCAACCAGUCCAUCUUUGUGAAUCGGGAGUCCAUAACGUUGAACUACUUUGAAAAACAAACCAAGUAAUAGUGUACUAAAACGUAAUAGCCCUUCACAAAGUAAUUACUCCUAAAAUCGACGACAAAUAUCAUAACAAUGUCCAAUAUGCAAUACACACAGUUUGCUCUAAGCUUUAAAAUACAUUGAAAGGUUUACAUUGAAGGCACGGGGACAGUGGAGCUGGUAAAAAACGGUUUAGUAGCAAGAUUUUAGUUCGUUAAGGUUAGUUUCCCUUAGCCUUGAGUGGAGAUCGGUGUAUUUUAAAGUCC